UUCCAUGGAGAAUUCAUGAUGAAGAUGGCUCCUAUUCUACAGUCGGUCUUAAUGUGCUUUGUGCUGGCUGCAAAAGCACAGGAUAUCACGUUGACAUCUUUUGACAUCCUUUAUGAACUAAAUGAGAUAAAGAGCCUGUUUGAGCUGAAAGAAACCAUUGAGCAGACGUUAAAGAAACAGUCGGAUGAGAUGGUUCAGCUGAAAGCCAGAGUUCAAGAACUUGAGGAAACAAAUGAGGCAAUGAAGAACGCCUUAGAAGAAACCACAAUGAAGAUACAGGAACAGGAGAAUCACAUCAAAUUGUUGCAAUCAUCUGUCACUGAGCCCACAAGCCAAAAGAGGGGUAAAGACAUUGCAUUUUCGGCAUCACUACAAUCAUCUGGUCUGGGAAAUAUUGGACCCUACAAUAGUGAAAUCGGAUUAGUGUACAAAAAAGUCCUUACAAAUAUUGGAAAGGCCUACAACUCAGAGACAGGUAUAUUCACAGCCCCAUUGAAAGGAGUGUACUACUUCAGAUUUUAUGCCCACGCCAAACCCGGAACGAAAAUGGCUGUUAGUCUGUAUAGGAAUGACAGCAAGGUUUCCUCUAUAUUUUCCUGGAAGCCUGUCACUAAUGGAAAUGCUAGUAAUGGUGUUGUAUUAAUUUUAAACAGUGGAGACCAAGUCUGCACACGUCUGUGGGGAAAUGCAUGGGUUUACGAUGAUGAUAAUAACUACACCAGCUUUAGUGGAUUCCUACUUUUUCCCUUGUAAAAUGAUGCUCAAAUGAACUGAAAUGAAUGUUUUUAAUGAGGGCAAUCCAGAGGUGAGAACAUGUACAUCACACAGUAACACUUUCUAUACUUGGCUUUCAUGUUUCAUCUCAUUUCUCCUGGGCGUUAUGGUUAUAAAGUGUCAUGGACUUCUAUGUACUGAGA